AUGAGUUCAAUAGUUGUUAAUAAUAUAGCACAAUAUAUUGAUGCACUUGUUAGAUUUAUUGAUACUUUAAUCAUGAUGAUGAAAUUAAAUAUUCAUUUAACAAUAGUUUGUCUUAUUGGUGCUGCUCUGAGUUUAAUUGAUGUUAAAAUAAGUAGUAAUGCACAUAGACGCAUAUCAGAAAAAGUUCAAGAUUCAUCAGCUGGCACAUUUGAAAUAGCUGGAGAGACAAUUCAAACAAUCCGAAGUUUUAGAAAUGACGAUGAAGAAUUGAAAAUACUCUUUUACAAUCAUAUCAAGUUUCAUGAAUACAAGCACUUUUAA